CCUCCCCCCAACCGGAUAGCUACUGGUCUGGCCAGAGAGCCCUUAAUCCCCAGCAGGCCUUGGCCGUGGGCUCUGAUGUCGGCCCAUCAGUGUGCCGCCCCCGCUCCCUGCCUCCCCAAAUGGCCCCCCAGCCAAGGCCAGAGCCGCCUGCCCACCUGCUGGGCCCAGUGCUGCCUCAGCCGGUCCAGCAUGCUGGGCAUGGUGAUUCUGCUGCUGGCCCUGCUCCCAGGGACGACCACCGUGCCCAGCGAGCCAGCUGCGUCCCCGUUCCCCGCGGCGCCAGGGCCCAGGCUGCGCCGACCCCUUUUCAGUCUGGAGCUGUCGGACGCGGAGGACGCCUUCCCGCGCCGCGCGUGGCCGCUGGAGGUCCCGGCCGACAGCCGCGUGUUCGUGCAGGCGGCCCUGGCCCGUCCCUCCCCGCGCUGGGGCAUGGCCCUGCACCGCUGCUCGGUGACACCAUCCUCACGCCCGACCCCGGGCCCCGCCCUGGCGCUGCUGCGCGGGGGCUGUUCCGCCGACUCCUCGGUCACCUUCCCGACACCGCGGCCGCUCCCAGGUGCCGCUCGCCCCGCGCGCUUCAGCUUCCGCCUGCGCCCGGUCUUCAACGCCUCUGUGCAGUUCCUGCACUGCCAGCUGAGCCGCUGCCGCCGCCUCCGGGGAGCCCGCCAGGCGCCUGCGCCUCUGACGCUGUCUCCACCGUCGCCGCCCCUUAGGUGUCUGCCUCAGGAUGAGGCGUGCGCGGGCGCUGGCAGUGGCCGCGAUGAGAGUCUGGGUGCCGACAGCCCUCACCUGCACACGCUGACGCAGCCCAUCGUGGUCACGGUGCCGCGGCUGCCCCCCAGGCCACCCAAGGGCGUCCCCGGCACAGCCGUGCGACCCGAGCCUCCCGCGCCGGCCCCGGGGGUCCUGGAGCCCGCGCCGGUGGUAGCACUUGUGUUGGCCGCCUUCGUGCUGGGCGCCGCUCUGGCCGCCGGGCUCGGCCUCGUCUGCGCUCACUCAGCGCCCCCGCCCCCCGGCCCGCCCCCGAGAGCCUCGCCCAGCGGCCCACCGCCCAGGAGGCCCCAGUGAGGCAGUUCCCUUCGGCCCGCAAACGCAGAGCCACGCCCC